AUGGGAGUCAUGUUCCUGUCACAGACGGCACUGGGAGUCCUGGGAAACUGCGCCUGCCUGGGCCACUUUGUUCUCGCUGACUUAACUGGCAGAAGGGCGAAGCCCACAGAUCUGAUUGUCAAGCACCUGACCUGGACCAACUUCAUGGUUCUGCUGUUUAAAGGAGUCCCUCAGACAAUGGCUGUGUUUGGUCUGAUUUACUUUCUAGAUGAGGUUUCAUGUAUGCUUGUCUUUUAUUUUUAUAGAGUAGUCAGAGGAGUGUCUCUCGGUUCCACGUCUGUCUUGAGUAUCUUUCAGGCCAUCAUGAUUAGCCCCAGCACUUCCAAGUGGGUGCAAUUAAAGGUCAGAGACCCCAAGUUCAUUGGUUCUUCCUUAGGUCUGUGCUGGAGCCUACAAUUUCUGCUAAAUGCCUUUAUUCUUGUGAUUUUGAAACACAUACGGGAGGCAAAAAAUAUGACUGUGCAAAGAGAUUUGGUAUUUUGUGCUAUUGUAGAUCCUGAUAAUAUGUACCACCCAAUGUAUGCUUUUCUGCUGACAUUUAUUGAUGUCACUUGUGUGGGACUCAUGUUGUGGGCUAGUGGCUCUAUGGUGUGCAUGCUAUGGAAGCAUAAACAGAGGGUCCAACACCUUCACACACCACGGUCUCCUCAGUCAUUGCCUGAGAUCAGAGCCACCAAGAGCAUCCUUGCCCUAGUUACCAUCUUUCUCCUGUUAUAUCUGACCUCUUCCAUUUUAACUGUAAAUUUUCAUUUCUUUGAUCUAACCACUGUCUGGAUGCUUAAUGCCAAAGUAGCAAUAUCUGCAUGUUACCCAGCCUUCUACCCCUUUCUGCUCCUCAGCCACUACAGCACUGCUUCGAAGCUCUGCUGCACUUGCUCAUAUGAGUCUCCACCAGGACCUCAUAUAGUCAAAGAGCUCUAA